CAGAGUAAACUUUUUCUGUUGUUUUUUUACUUUGUCACAAAUAUUUUCCACCAAUGAGGUCUUGGAAUUGCUUCAAAAACCAGCAAAUAGAAGAACAAAGGAAACUUAUAGCAAAUGAUCAUGAAUAUAAUUCUGCAUUUAAAUAUGUGGAUAAUGGAAUCAAGACAUCUCAUUACACAUGGUACAAUUUCCUUUUUAUAAAUCUUUGGGAGCAAUUUCAUAGAGUCGUCAACGUUUAUUUCAUUUUUUUACUUGUAUUGACUUUCAUUCCUGCAGUCUCGUCAUUUAAUCCUGUGACGACAUUGAUACCUAUACUCAUUGUGUUGGCGAUCACAGCUGUAAAAGAUGCAGUUGACGAUUUUCAUCGCCACCAGAGUGAUAACUCCAUCAACAACAGAAAGUCCCAAGUUUUAAAAAAUGGAAAAGUGGUAAAAGAACACUGGUCAAAUUUACAUGUUGGCGAUAUUAUACAGAUACGAAACAAUGAACAUUUACCAGCUGAUGUUCUGUUACUGUCAAGCAGUGGAGAACACAAUAUUGUUUAUAUUGAAACUGCUGAGCUGGAUGGAGAAACAAAUCUAAAAGUUCGACAAGCUCUAACAGAAACCGGGGGACUGAGAGAUGAUCUCAAUUCACUUUCUAAUUUCAAAGGCAAAAUAGAGUGUGAAGCACCAAACAACCUACUCCACAAAUUUACUGGAAAUCUGGAAUUAAAUAACGAAACCAUCCCCAUAGACAAUGAGAAAAUCUUACUCAGGGGGUGCAAUCUAAGGAACACAGACUGGUGCUUUGGUCUGGUUAUUUUUACCGGUUCAGACACAAAGUUGAUGCAGAAUACAGGUAGAAGAAUUUUAAAGAGAACCCGUAUCGAAAGGUUUAUGAACAAGUUGGUUUGGCUGAUAUUUGCUGCUCUUUUCUCACUUGCCACAUUGUGUGCAAUACUUAACAGCGUAUGGGAAUCUGAUAUUGGUGUCAAGUUCCAAGAUUAUUUGCCUUGGGAAUCUUUUUCUCAAGAUCCGACAAUGUCUGGAUUCUUAAUGUUCUGGUCGUACAUUAUCAGUCUUAAUACACUGGUGCCUAUCUCUCUGUAUGUAAGCGUGGAAUUCAUUCGUCUUACACAAAGCUAUUUUAUUGACUGGGACCGUUUAAUGUAUUAUCGAAAGAAAAAUUUACCAGCAAUUGCAAGAACUACGACUUUAAAUGAGGAACUUGGUCAAGUGGAAUACAUAUUUUCUGACAAAACUGGUACUCUGACUCAAAAUGUCAUGAAAUUUAAUAAAUGUUCAAUUGCGGGAAAACGAUAUGGGGAUAUUUUUAAUAGUGAUGGCAUGAUGGUAAUGGAUGAUGAGACUUUGCCCACUGUGGAUUUAUCAUACAACGAUUAUGCCGAACCAACAUUCAGAUUUCAUGAUCAGUCACUUGUGAAUAAAAUCACAUCUGGUCACAAAUCAUGUGAAGAGUUUUUCCGACUUCUCUCUAUUUGCCAUUCUGUAAUGAUUGAAGAAACUGAUACUGACAGCUUGUUAUAUCGGGCACAAUCACCAGAUGAAGCAGCUCUUGUGUCGGCUGCCAGAAAUUUUGGAUUUGUCUAUAAAUCAAAAAAAUAUGACUCUCUCACUAUAAUUGAAAUGGGAAAGCCUGUGGAAUAUAAAAUCAUGGCAAUGUUAGAUUUUGACAAUGUUCGAAAGCGAAUGUCUGUUAUUGUAACAAACACAGAUGAUAAAUUGGUGUUGUACUGCAAAGGUGCUGACUCUGCCAUCUUGCAAAGACUUUCUCAUAAUUGUGACCAGAAUUUGAUUUCAAAAACUGAGAGGCAUUUGGAUAGCUUUGCAAGAGCUGGCCUGAGAACUUUAUGUUUGGCAAAAAAAGAAAUCAGUGCAGAAGAAUAUGAUGUAUGGAAGGACGCUCACUUUAAAGCAAGCACAGCAUUGGAAGACAGAGAAGAUAAACUUUCUGCUGUGUAUGAGGAGAUAGAAAGAGACUUGGAUUUGCUUGGUGCGACUGCUAUUGAAGACAAGUUACAGGAUGGUGUACCAGAGACGAUAGCAAACUUGUCCAAUGCCAACAUUAAGAUUUGGGUUCUGACUGGCGAUAAGCAGGAGACUGCUGUUAACAUUGGGUACUCAUGCAACAUGCUUACUGAGGAGAUGAAAAAUGUAUUUGUAAUAUCAAAACACGAAGAAGAAGAGGUUGAAAAUGAGAUCGAGAAUGCUUUAAAGAAGAUACAUUCGCUUGGGGUAACGAAUCCUUCAUUCGUUGAUAAUGAACAACUUGGUCAAGAGCAAACUGUUCCAGUUCGAGAAAAUCAGAUUUCUGCAGAAACUAACAAAGUGUUUGGAACCAACGGCUUAGUUAUUAAUGGCCAUAGUUUGGUACAUGCAUUACAUGAAGAUUUAAAACACAAAUUCCUUGAGCUUGCUACCCAUUGUUCAGCAGUGAUCUGCUGUAGGGCUACACCUAUACAGAAGGCCAGGGUGGUGGAACUGGUCAAGAAAAACAAGAAAGCAGUGACAUUGGCUAUCGGAGAUGGUGCAAAUGAUGUUAGUAUGAUUAAAGCUGCCCAUAUAGGAGUGGGAAUUAGUGGAGAAGAAGGAACUCAGGCUGUUCUUUCGGCUGAUUUUGCGUUUGGACAAUUUAGAUAUUUAGAGAGGUUACUACUGGUACACGGUCGAUGGUCGUAUAUGAGAAUAUGCAAAUUUCUAAACUACUUCUUUUAUAAAAACUUUGCUUUUACUCUUGUGCAAUUCUGGUAUGCAUUUUUCAAUGGGUACACAGCGCAGUCAGUUUACGACGAUUGGUACGUCACACUUUACAAUACAGUCUACACGGCACUGCCUGUAAUUUUCCUUGCAAUAUUAGACCAGGAUCUGAAUGACCAGAUCUGUGUCAGAUUCCCGAAACUUUAUUUGUCCGGUCAGAACAACGAACUGUUUAAUUGGUCAAGAUUUAUUAGAAGCUCUAUAAAAGGGCUUCUUGUAAGCAUUGCAACAUUCUUUAUUACUUAUGGAGCAUUAUACCAGAGUGUUGGCUGGAAUGGCAUGGAUACUGCUGAUCAUCAGUUUGUUGCAACUACAUUAGCUACAGUUAUGAUUUUCGUAGUUUCAUUUCAGGUUGCAAUAGACACUCAGUAUUGGACAAUAUUAAACCAUUACUUCACUUGGGGUAGCCUUCUUGCUUUGUUCCCAUUUCAGUUUGUUUUGUGCAGUGACGGCUUGUAUAAUCUAAUUACAUCCCAGUUCCCAUUUGCUGGUUCUACAAGAACAGCUUAUUCUGAGCCAUCAUUAUGGUUUUUGGUGUUGCUAUUGACGGUCACAUGCAUUCUACCUGUUAUCUUUCUUCGUGUUGUGUUGUGUGCCUUCUGGCCAACCUAUGCUCAAAAGGUACAACAAAUGGACCAUAAGAAGCUGUUUACUAUGGACUCACGGAACGGAAAUUACGGUUCCAUUAAAAAGCCGAGAUCAGAAUCUCAACAAACCCCAUUUUAAAUCUGUUGUGCAAUAUCCAAUUAGAAAUAUCAUCGAUUGCACUUUCGUAACUGUACAGUUUGUUUAGUUUACUGAUUAUGUAUAGCGAACAACACCCUCAAGUUAAUUUAUUGAAGCACGUCAUACUGUUUUGUUUUAACAAGUGCCGUAAGUGUUCUUGAUUACAAUUUAUUAUGGUCGUACUUAAAAGUGGUUGCUGUUAUGUAUAAUGGUAUUGAUUGCACUAAAUCAUUUUUAAUACAAUCAAAUUUCUUUUAA